CGCCUCUACCCCUCGCCAUACCCCCCCCGCCGCCUUCCACCUCAGGCGGCGCGAGCCCGGCCGCGGCCGUUCCCCGGCGCCGCGGACCGUUAGAGCCGAGCCGCCCGCCGCGGGCCGUUGGGGCUGCGGCUGAACCGCCGUCCCUGACGGUCCCGCCGUCCCUGGCGGCCCCGCCGCAGCGAGCGUCCCGCCGGCCGCCCACCUGCCCUGCCCUGCCCUGCGCUGCCCUGCGCGGAGCCGCCGUGCCCCUGCCCUGGGGAGAGGAAGCUGAUAAUUAAAAGAAGCCAGCUCAGUAGAAUUUCAGACAUGGCAAUGGAAUCUGCUAUAAUCAGUUCAGUCCCUACCACUGCAUCUCGUUUUGCCUUACUACAACUGGAAAGUGAUACUGAUUCAGAGCCUGGAAAAGGCAGAAGUGGCCGACGUGCUGGUAAAUCUCUAGCUCCAGGGAGUAGAUCUACAAAUGUGAAGAAAAGAGAGAAAAGGAGAAGAAAGAGAGAACAGCAGCAGAGUGAGGCCAAUGAGCUCAGAAACCUUGCUUUUAAAAAGAUUCCUCAGAAAUCUUCCCAUGGAGGCAGUCUAUCUCAGCAAGAACAAAAACUGCAUACUACGAUGCAGAAGGACUCUCAGGAAGAAAACUGGCAAGAGUGGAGACAAAGAGAUGAGCAGCUGACAUCUGAAAUGUUUGAAGCUGAUCUUGAAAAAGCAUUGCUGCUGAGCAAACUGGAAUAUGAAGAGCACAAAAAGGAAUAUGAAAACAAUGAAUGUACUUCACCUCAGUCAAAGUCUGUGAAUAAGAAAGAGAAAAGAAAGAACCAGCAAGGAAAAGACAAACCUCUCACUGUGUCCCUGAAAGAUUUUCAGUCAGACAGUAAUAUAGAUAACCUUGCUAAAAAACAUGAGGAGCUGAGCUCUCCCCAGACUUCAUUGAAUGAUGGAAGAUUUUUCAACAGACUAGAAGAUGAUGUUCACAAAAUACUUAAAAGAGAAAAAAGGAGAGACCAGCUUGCUGACUGCAAUGAAACAGAUAACUGCACAUCUCAUGAGCACAACCAGGAAAGUGUUAUGAAAGAUGGAAGAACAGAACAACUAAAGCUUGAGCUUGAAAAGAAAGAUGCAGAAAUUCAGCAACUUAAAAAUAUAAUAACUCAGUGGGAGGCAAAGUAUAAAGAAGUAAAAGGAAGAAAUGCACAACUUCUGAAUAUGCUUCAAGAAGGUGAAAUGAAAGACAAAGCAGAAAUACUCCUACAGGUUAAUGAAUCACAAAUUAUCAAAAACGAAUUGACCUUACAGGUAACUACACUUCAUGCUGCAUUAGAGCAAGAAAGGUCCAAAGUGAAACUACUGCAGGCAGAAUUAACAAAAUACCAGAGCUGGAAAAGAGGUAAAAGGCACUUAGAAUCUGACCAGUGCAGGACUAUCAGUAAUCCCUGCUCCACAUCCCCCCUCCAGCCUUGUGGAACUAACCUGUGUUUCCUGUACGGUGUUUGACAUAAAUGAGAAUUUGCUUGUAUAAUACUUGUUGAUUAAAAACAGAAGGAUUUUUUUAAAAAAAGAAAUAUAAAAUGUAUUCUAAAAGUGCAUGUUCAUUCAAAAAAAAGUUAAUUUUGUUUUUAAGUGCUAAAAACACACAUUUCUAAUGGGGGCAAAGCUGAAUAUAGUUUUCAUUGUUCAAUGCAACUCAUCUUGAUUCUCUGUGUUUGCCCCUUGGGGAUCUGCAUAAAUUACACAAAUUAUUUAAUCAGCUGAAUAGUUCUCUACUCUGUUGCUCUUGCUCCUAAAAGUUUUGUAUAAUACCUGGACAAAAACAUUCAAUUUUCCCAUACCUUGUUUCUUUUACCUUUGUAAAAACUGAAUGUUCAUGAAGACAAAGCUGCUUUUCAUAGUUGUUGCAACCUGUUUCAAGAGAGAUACUCCCACUAUGCCUUCUUAUGAAAAGUCAGCAGUUCUCUUGCUAUUUCUUUCCCAU